AAACAAGCCAGAACCUUGAAUGCAUUUCAGAUACCAGAAGUGAAACUGUGACAAUGAAAACACAAAAGAUCUUCAUGAGGAGUUUGGCUGUUGCACUUACUGCAUCAGUGAUCUGGACUGUUACAGUCGCUGAUAAUGUGGAAUCAUGCUGUACCCCAGUCUCCACACCAGAGCUCACCGAUCCCAUCAUGAGUGUGAGGAUCCAGUUUGAAAGUCUUGAGUGUGAGACGGCCAUCGUCUUCAAGACUGAAGAGCGGGAGUUGUGCUCUGAUCCUAGACAACUGUGGGUGAGGAGGAAGGUCAUGCAGUUCUACAAAAAUAAAGUAACCAAAAAGACCAACUAAAUCCUAUGUGACUUCCACGAUACCACCAUCAUCAUCAUCAUUGAUUAGUAAUGAAUAACAACUCAGAAAAAGAAUAAUGUAUCUUAGAAAAAAUAUAUAAAUGUGAUGUACAAUGAUGAUGUGUGGAGCAACUGCAGCUUGAAUCUGCAAAUAAAGUAUGAUCAGCAACAA